AUGCCUCUCGCGGAGUAUACACAUGAGCACUUUCAAAGCCUCCCCACCAUUGACCAGGCGGGAGCACAAUACGUCAGUAUCGGUGGCCCCAAUCUUGUUCAUGGAUUGUUUCGAAAGUUCUUUAUCGAUCAUGGUAUGGAUUCAACCUUCGGACUGUGUUUGAUGCAUCGUCAUGCCGACCUCGAAGAGUCCGAAAAACUCGUCCAUUACCAUGAGACUGCCUCACCUUGGAAGGACUUAACUGAUCUUCCCAUCAAGCCGGUGAUGUGGUCCAUGUCUCUCGACGGUUCGAUGCGACCGUCUGAAUUCCAAUACUCGUCUCGCGCAGGAGAUUUUUUGGACGAAAAGAAAGUGACAUUUAUGGAAGAAUUUAGUACUCUGGUCAAAGAAAAUAACAUGUCAUUAUUUGGCCUGGUUGAGUAUCCUGGAGAUGACUUUGAGACUACAUGUGAGAUAACUCAAGGUCGCACAAAUAUCAAUCUCCUACAUGCAGAUGUACGUUCCGCAUUAUUUCAUCAAGCUGCCAGUCUUUUUUCUGACUUCGUCUAG